UGAGAGGGAGGGAGAAAGAGAGAGGGAGAGAGAGAACACGAUAGAAACAUCCGUGGGAGGGUGUCGCGAGGAUGGUAAAAGAAAAGAGGGGGCUUAGUCCCAUUUGCGAAGAUAAUAAAUCGCAAAUGAUUCAAUAUUAAUGCCAGCGAUAGGCAGGCAGGAGAGAGCUAGCUUGGGAUCAUUUUCACGGGGUUAAACAUAGAGAGUUUCGUGUCAUUAUCACUAGCUCUGCCAGCCUCCGGGGGUAGAGAGAGAGUGAGAGAAAGAGAGAAAAGGAGAGAACGCGCGCGAGAAAGAGAGAGAGAGAGACCGCGGUACUUGCAGCAACUUCGUAGUAUCGUUGACUUUAGAAACGAAGAAGUUUUGUUCACCGGGGAGGAGAAACGAAACUUGGAAGGAAUUUGAACGAGGAGCCAACAGGAAGCUACUACUACCACCCACCCACUGCCACGGGCAGUAGACGGAGACUUCACAACUUGAAUCAAUGUCUUCAAAUUUCCACGGUUUUUUUCCUCACUCGCACAGUUUACUUUGGCAUGGAGGAGUCAUGUUUUUCAACGUCGAUUGAGUGUGUGCAGUGCAUCGCAUAAGUGUUGACCCGUGCUUUUCCACUACUUUAUGGAGAAAUAACAGUGUUUAUUUCUGCUCGAUCUUCUUUUUGUGAGUGCACAAUUCCUAAUUGAAUCAUGAUCACUGUUUCGUAAUUUGUACAAUUUUGAGCUUUUAAAAAGUUGCUUUAUUUUCAGCUAAUGCGCUACUGAUAUUUAGCUACAGCUAAACGUCAUCUCGUCCCUUUUAUGGCCUGAUUGUGAUGAAAGUUCCACAAAACUCUUACUAACACAUAAAAACGUCUUCGGACAGUGUCAACUUCUUUCAGCCAAGGCUAACGCCAUCACGGUGAAUGUGGGACCCCAAUGUUCUCAUCGGGACACUUCCGAGAAUCUCACGUCUAGCUGACUUAUUUCUUCUGAGGAUCUGCAUUUGAUUUGAUAAACGGUUCAUUCAUCCCGGACACUUCCCUCAACAACAAGAGAAUCUAAGAUCUGGUCUCGUCACGGCUGGACCCUUGCCUUGACCAGUGUCCAGUCCUCGGCAGAUCGAAGGACAGUCGUGAGUGCUUGAGUGAGAGCGUGCGUCCAGGAUGUCUCUUGCCCAGUUUCCGGCGUUCCCCGCGCCCAACCUGCCCCGCAGCUCCCCGCCCAGCACACAGCCACAGAUGACCAGCCCCACAUCAGCCAGCAGUCACCGAGCGUGCUGCGAGAACGGACGACCCAUCCUGACUGACCCCCAUACGGGUCAGACCGUCUGCUCCUGCCAGUACCCGCCCGCUGGCCUAGUGUCAUACCCGCGGCCACCCGCCCUGCCCCCCGGUGCCCUGGAGAGUGUGUACAGCGCCUCUGCCUACGCCGCGGCCGUGUCUCAGGGCUACGUGGCUCUGGGAGCUGAGGGCUCGGCCUUCUAUACCCCGCUGGGAACCACCCCGUAUGACCUCAAGGAAAGCGCCGAGGCCUGGCGCACACUCGCCGCAUCCCAGCCGGGCUUCCCUUACGAUCCCAUGGCCAUGUACCCUUACGGACCAGGGAAGAACGCGACUCGCGAGAACACCAACACUCUGAAGGCGUGGCUGUAUGAACAUCGGAAAAACCCGUACCCGACCAAGGGAGAGAAGAUUAUGCUGGCUAUCAUCACCAAGAUGACGCUCACUCAGGUGUCGACCUGGUUCGCCAACGCCAGGAGACGGCUCAAGAAGGAGAACAAGAUGACAUGGUCACCUCGCAACAGGAGCGAGGACGGCAGUGAUGACGUAGACAAUCCCGAGGACGAUGACGACUGUGGAGAGAGCAGGGCUCAUGACGUCAUGUCGCCCAAUCAUGAACUGGACAUCACGUCAUCCAAGCCAUCGUCACCUCUCUUAUCUCCAGCUUCUGACAGAUGUGGUGAAAACAACAACAAAACGUACAAAGAGAGAAUCAUCCGGGUCGACGAGGACGAAGAUGAUUGCGACGACGAUGAUGACGACGACGACAACUCCAGGGACAGUUUCCAGAACCGCCGUCUCAUGGGAAGUGACUACCCAGACCACCCCAGACCGCCUCGCUCGGGGUCACGUGACCGCAGCCCCCUCAGACCCGUCUCUCGCGGGGACUCACGGGACGGCUUGAGCGCCGAUGCUAAAAAUAGAUCCGACGACGAUCAGCAUCAACAUCAUCAUCACCAUCAUCAUCAUCAUCAUAAUUCUCAUAACGAACGACGGUCGCCUGGCCUGAACUCUUCAAAUCUGGGAACUUCCAGAACUUUACUAGACAAUCCGGGAAGUUCUGUGGUUUCGUCGUCUUCGUCUUCUUCCAAAGCAGGAUCUAGUCAGUCUCCCAGUGACAUUUCUUCUGCUACAUCCUCGUCUUCAUCGUCCUCAUCCAGUAAAGUCGCCUCCACCAGCGACAACCCACAAUCAGCACCUGUGACAAAACCGAAAAUAUGGUCCAUAUCUGAGUUCAUCAAGACAACAUCAUCGUCGUCAUUGACAUCCCCAUUCUCAUCCUCCUCGUCGCCCUCAGCAAUGUCAUCGUCCAUUUCCUCUUCAUUAUCCACGCUCCCAUCCCCGUCGGCGCUGAACCGCUCACCCUUCAUGAGCCCCUCGUCCGUACCUUCCUCAGUAUCACCUCAGAGACCAAUCCCCAACCAAGGCUUCUUGUUCUUGCCUCCAGGAGCGACCGCUCAUUGGCCGGCUGCCGCAGCCGCUGCGUCACGAUUUGCGGGACUGGGCGGAGCUUAUCCUUUGUCCUUGACCCACAGCACACUGUCGUAUCCUUACAACCUGGCGUCUCCGGGCGCCGCGGCGGCGAGGGCGGGGCUUGAGGCAGUACACGCCCAGGCGGCACAGCUAGCGGCCCGCGCGGCGGCAGCAGAGGGCGGGGCUAGGGAUGGGGGCGGAGCCAGUGCUGCUGCUGCCGCUGCUGCUGCGGCGGAAAAACUGGCGUCUCUACAUCCACCAUUCCCGAGAAUCCCAACCAGCGCCCUUUUUUCCCCGGCACGAGAUCUUGACGGCGUUAGGCCUCCAGUGAUGCCCCCACCACCUCGCAUGGUUGUGGAUUCCAGCCUAUGAUCCUACCGUCGCCCCCGUCCUCAUCGCUUCUUCUUUCAUCAUCGUUUUCAUCGAUCCACGUCGCAGAAUUCAUCAUCGUUAUCAUCACCACCAUUUUCAACGCUGUCGUAUUGUUCGCGUCUCCAUGCCGUUGCACUUCAGAGUGAGCUUGAACCCGAGGAAACCGAGGACCAGAAAAUUACGUCGGAGACCAGCUUGUAGGAAACUUGUUGGAAACUGCUUCUGAAUAACCAGACGUCAAUACAGGAGCUUCUAACCUUGGACACAGAACGGAAUAGACUGACACUAAUAGUCUUACGGCUAAUUCUAUUCUUAUCAUGGUCCGUUUCCAAGUUGUGGCUGUUUUCUCAACACAAGGUCAUCCAUGUCUUCAAUUCAAGUAUUCACACAAGGGUCCUUUUCCAAGCUGUGGCAAAUUCCUCAAGACAUGGUUCUCCCGGCUCUUCGAUUCAAGUAUUCACGCAAAGUGGCUGUAAUUUAUUCUUACGUGCAAUGUUUCGGGCUCUUAUUUCCAAUGUUUUUGUUUACAUGACUAUUGAAAAUAAUGUUUUAUUUUCUAUUAUUUGAUUAUUCGACUAUUAUCGUAAUAGUCCUUUCUCAGAAAUGCUGGGAUACGCAGUGUUUCGAGGUUUUGGAGAGAACGAAUUAUUCACUGUACAUUGAAGGAAGUUGAUCUCGUUUCAAUGUACAAAUGAUUGAAAACAUUAUUCGCCCUUUUCACAGUGUUUUAUUGAAAUUGGAUACAUUAUUAAACAAGUAUGGCAGCCAUUUUGGCUGUGUGCCUGUUCAUGAUAGUACCUGUGUAUUUUAGCAUAUGUGUGUGUGUGUGUGUGUGUGUGUGUGUGUGUGUGUGUAUGCAUGUGCAUGUGCUUAUA